GCUCGCCUGAAUGAAAACCCGGAUCGACGCAUCUAUCCGUGAAGCAGUGUAGUUGAGACAUAAAUAACAGCAGAACUUCACACUGUGGGUCAUUUUCUCGGGCUUCAGGUGUGCUCUCCUGCUCUCUUGGAUCAGUGUGCUGGUCGUGACGGGGCAGAAUGGACCCACGGAAAGUGUCCGAGUUAAAGGGCUUCGUGCAGCUGUGUGAGACCAGUCCUGACAUCCUGCACCUGCCGGAGCUGGCCUUCCUCCGCACCUGGCUGCACGGCAUGGGAGCAACAAUCCCUCCUCCACCUGAGACCAAGAGCUCAUGCCAGGGCGGCUGUCCUUGUGGUCCUCCUCCUACGCCAGCAGCAGCUCCUGAGCCCAAGCCUCCGGGGCAGUCUGAGAGCGAGGAGAGUGAGAUAGAAAUCGAGGAUGAGGGAGUGAUCGAGCCGGACACUGACGACCCUCAGGACAUGGGACAGAUUGAAAACUUAGAGGUCACAGAUGAGAUGAUGGAUCAGGCCAACGAGAAGAAGAUGGAGGCCAUAGACGCUCUCGGUGAAGGUGAUCUGCCCAAAGCUCUGGAUCUCUUCACUGAAGCCGUCAAGCUGAACCCGUGCUCAGCCAUCCUGUACGCCAAGAGAGCCAGUGUCUUCAUCAAGAUGCAGAAACCAAACGCAGCCAUCAGAGACUGUGACAGAGCCAUCAGCAUCAACCCGGACUCCGCUCAGCCCUACAAGUGGAGAGGGAAGGCCCACAGGAUGCUGGGUCACUGGGAGGACUCAGCGAAGGACUUGGCCACAGCCUGUAAACUAGACUACGACGAGGACACCAGCGCCAUGCUGAAGGAGGUCCAGCCCAAGGCGAGUAAGAUCUCUGAGCACAGACGCAAAUACGAGCGCAAGAGGGAAGAGAAGGAGAUCAAGGAGAAGCAGGAGCGGAUAAAGAAAGCCCGAGAGGAGCACGCCCGGGCUCAGAGGGAGGAGGAAGCCAGACAGCCUGGAGGAGGAUUCUUCCCAGGUCCUGCUGGGUUCCCCGGAGGAGCUCCUGCUGGUAUGCCGGGUCUCGGGGAUUUCCUGAAGGAUCCUGAGCUGCUCAACGCCAUGAAGGACCCUGAGGUGAUGGCCGCCUUCCAGGACGUGGCUCAGAACCCGGCCAACAUCUCCAAGUACCAGAGCAACCCUAAAAUCAUGGCUCUGGUCACCAAGCUCAGCGCCAAAUUCGGAGCUUCACCUCAACCGUAGAGGGAAGGACCGAAGUGGAGACGCGGCGUCGGGCCGGAGCCACGGCACCGAUCAACAUCCAUCCCUCUGCAGAUCUAACGGGAGCGGUGACGGCUUAUAUUGGUGUGAGGUAGAGGAAGUGGAUCACCUUUUCUAAUGUGUAAAUCAGCUGUUAGCAUUUAGCAGUCAGACGCGUCUCGGCCUGGACUCCACCUCUCCUCCGCAGGGGGACAUUUCCUAACCUGAACCUGCAUCUGGUCCACUGGGAGCUUUUACACCUUUAUUACCUGGUUAUGGUUUAGCUAACAGUCUCUUUUCCUCCCAGCAGAGCAGAACUCUCUCUCUCUCUCUCUCACAUGUUGGUACUUUUGUUAACAAAUCAAAUAUUAUUACUGCAAAAAAUGUACUGAUCUGGACGUUUGAUGGAAAACAAGAUUCACAAUAAAACCUCUGUUACUGCAAAGA